AUGAUUGUGACCAUGCUACUAGACGAGACCAGACCUGCCUCCCCCAUGGAGCUUUACUUUGCCCGGUGUCUCGGAUUCAGUCUUCUUACCAUCGCUGUUCUGACCGUGAUGUUGACGGGCUCGAUUCCUUUGACUGCCGACAUCAAAGAGUCCGUUUCGACAGAUGAAAGUGACCCCAAAGCCCCGUACGCCGUACCCACUCUGAUGGUGACAUCCGUCUUCCAUAGUGCGUGUGCUUUCUACGCAUACACUUGGUACGUUUCUGGCGGACAAGGUUUGUUUGCUAUCGGGGUGGCUGGAUAUUCCGGUCUCGCAGCCAUUGGGCUAUGGUGCAUGCUCUUUGCCAGCAGCAAUGGAAGAAUCAGUCGUCGUACUGGAGCGGACAAAAGGACUACUGGGUACCCUUUCAAGAACUCCGAAGCAGCAAAGAAGCAUGGAGGCAAAAGUUCGCAACCCCACAACGCCGCUUCAGCCGCGACGUCCCCCUUUCAAAAGCAGCACCCCCUCCCCACAACUCUAAUAUUCUUAUUUGUCGCUACUUGGGCGAUCGCCAUCUUGAGUAUGACGGAGCCCAAUCUUUCUCAUAUGGUCCCCUUCGACGAGGGGUCACAUAACUUCAUUGCUUAUCGUCCUGCCGAGACGCGGCCGCGAACUACGCGACAUGCAAAUACGUUCAUUCGCCCUGGACUGCCAGGUGAGGCAGUACACGACUUUGUGAUUGCGGCCCAACCAAAUCACCAUCAAUCGCAUCAGCCUGGCAAUGAUAGUUCCCAAUUCCAGCAAGGGCGGCCACCGAAUCGGGACAGUUUGCAGCAACGCCGAGAUUAUGGGGACGACUUUGAGAAUGGACAGCUGCUCAAUGCUUCCGCGGGAUCGUUUCAUGGCUCUGGCGCAGGCCAGAUGCUACCUCCAGCGUCCCUGUCGCAAAAUGGACUCGCUAUGGUGAACCACGCGCAUCCAGCGCAUAAUGACGGGUUUUCAAUGCUGCAGUCACCUACCCAGGCGUUUCAGCAGGAGUUUGUCGAGAUGAACACCGACCCUGUUGAUCCGACUGCAUUGGUUGCACCUGGCGAGCUGCGAGGCUUCAAGGCGAUACCCGACCCUCCUAACCUGGACUACUGGAGGGAAAGGCUGUUCAAUGUCGACGAAUUGAUCACCCUGAGCGAGGAUGAAUUCAAUACGUAUUUCCCCCAUGUGGACAAUGUCUAUUCACAUCGGUCAACUCAGCGAUACAAGCGCAAACCAUUUGUGUCCCAUUACUGGGACUGUCGAUUGAAGGGCCGGCCUCCAGGUACACCCAAGUCCGACAACCCAGAAAAAAAGAAGCGAAAGCGCACGGCCCGGGAAAGGGAUCUCUGCCAUGUCAAAAUCAAGGUAAUGGAAUACUUCCCAAGGUCAGAACUACUGGACGUGGAUCAGUCAGUUGAAGCUGGGCCGUCCAGCGUACCUGGCAUGUAUACAUUUUCUUUGGGCGGCGAUCCUGCAAUCCGAAAUGUUCAGACAUUUGGCAUGCUGCCGACAAAUACAGGCUUGCCUCCUAGCCACCCCGGGGCAAAUGGUGGGAGAUACUACACCAUUCAGCGAGUGAAUGGAAACGGUGCUAAUGGCAAGGACGACGGGAUCAGUGGAGGUCAUCAACAUACGCUUGAAGAAAGCGAUCGCGUGAAGAAAAGCAGUGUCCAGCGAUCUGUUAUGAAGGAUAAAAAGGACAGAAGAACGAGAGUGGACCGAGUCAUGUCUCAACCGGACCCAAAAACAUAUCAUACAAAAGCAACGGGCCUGGCCGCCGAUACCGUUGUCAAGCACUCCGAGGAGGUCAAUCUCAAACUAUACGGAAGUUGCUUUUGUCCAUUUGUGCAGCGUGUGUGGAUUGCAUUGGAGCUGAAGGGCAUUCCCUAUCAAUACAUCGAGGUGGACCCGUAUCAAAAGCCCGCUUCGCUGUUGGAGGUGAAUCCCAGGGGGCUUGUUCCUGCUUUGCGACAUGACAACUGGGGAUGCUAUGAGAGUAACGUAUUGUUGGAAUAUCUCGAGGACCUCGGGGUGGGGGCAGCGAUGCUCCCAGCAGAUCCAAAGCUGCGUGCCCACUGUCGCUUGUGGGCUGACCAUGUCAACCGGCAUCUCGUGCCAGGUUUCUAUCGGGUCCUGCAAGAGCAGGAUCAGCAGGGGCAGCUGGAAAAGGCACAGGAGCUGAGGGUAUCCAUGGAGCAGCUACUUGAAGUAGCACAUUCCACAGGACCUUUCUUCAUGGGCCCGCAGAUGUCUCUUGUAGACAUCCAGGCUGCCCCUUGGAUUCUUCGUCUGAGGCGAGUCCUGAAACCCUAUCGGGGUUGGCCAGAUCCCGAUCAGGGAAGCAGGUUGGCGGCUUGGGUAGAUGCCAUCGAGACCGAUCCGCAUGUCCAAGCGACGACUAGUACGGAUGAUCUGUACUUGGAUAGUUAUGAGCGUUAUGCCCGUGAGUUUGCUCGUGUUGUUUUCUUUCUCAAAGGCGUUGCCGGCGUACUGAUGCUCCCCAUACUGCAGAAAACCGCCCGAACACGUCACAGCUCGCCAAUGCGAUCAACGCAGGACGAAGUCUGCCCUGAGCUCUGA